AUGGCUCCAAGAAUCCCAAGCAUCCCAUCUUCGACCGACCUGUCGGGCCAAUCUGCUUUGGUUACAGGCAGCAACACUGGCAUUGGCUUUGAGAAUGCACGUCAAUUUCUACAACUCAAGGCAUCGCCUGUCUACCUCGCUGUCCGAAGCGUUGAAAGGGGCCAGGAGGCCAAGAAGCUCCUCCUAGAUGACCCGGAAGUCAAGAAAAAGAACCCAGGAGCCGUUGUUGAAAUCUAUCAAGUUGACAUGGCUUCUUUCGAUUCUGUUGCUGCCUUCGCUCAAAAGUUCAGCGAGGUCAAGAAGUUGAAUAUCGCUGUCCUCAAUGCCGGUGUCAGCUUCUUCAAAUACAUUCCUACUUCGGACGGAUAUGAAACCGUUCUCCAAGUUAACUAUCUCUCCAAUGCUCUCCUUGCUACCCAUUUGCUCCCAUUGUUGAAGGCCGGAGCUGCUGCUUCUGGGAAACCAUCCCAUCUCGCCUUUGUCUCUUCCAACAUGCAGCACAUGACCUCCCUCAAGAAGAAUACCAUCAAACCCAACGAGAACAUUAUCGAUUGGUUCAACAACAGGGCUAACUUCGGCAUGGAUCGCUACAAUGUCAGCAAACUUCUACUCACUGGCUUCACGAAUGAACUCGCUUCCAAGAUCGACAGCUCGCAAGUUGUUAUCAACUCAAUGUGCCCUGGCUUAGUCGCUACCAACUUUGACACCAAUUCUCCUUGGUACUUGAAGUAUUUGAUGAAGGGUGUCAGAUCUCUAAUGGCUCGUACCCCCUCUGAAGGAGCCCGAGCCUUGACUUUGGCUGCAAUUACUGGAACCGAGGGUAACGGGAAGUACUAUAGCGAUGGAAAAGAAACACCUUCUGCCGCGCUUCUCUUGACAGAAGAUGGUAAGGCUUUCCAAAAGAAGUUAUGGGACCAAACACUUGAGCGAAUCCAACAGCUCGACCCAACUUCACCUCCUCCAAUUUAA